GCUGUGCCGUGAAUAGACAACGCCGUGUGCAAUAGUGUUUGCGCGUGUAAUCUCUCAUCUGUACAAUUAAAUGUGAGUUCAAUAACUACGUUAUACGUACGUGUAAUAUUGCAAAAAAAAUUGGCACUUAUUAUUGAUACAGUAACAAAAUGUCUGCGGAACCAGCACAAGAGGCCGUGGAGCAAGUAUCCCAGGGGGUGAAGGACGUCAAGUUGGAGAAUGGGUCAGCGCCAGGGGCAGCCAAUGGAACACCAACAAAGACCGAUGACAAUGCUAUACCUUUUAAGGAUAUCUUCAAAAUGUUCUCGAAAUUCGGCGACUCCAAAUCCGACGGAAAGCAAAUAACACUGUCACAGAGCGAUAAAUGGAUGAAACAAGCAAAAGUAAUCGACGGAAAGAAAAUUACGACAACUGACACAGCGAUCUAUUUCAAAAAACUUAAAUCUGUUAAAGUCGGCAUUGAAGACUACCAGAAAUUCCUCGAUGACCUCGCGAAGAAUAAGAAGGUUGAUAUUGAGGAAAUAAAAAAGAAACUCACCACAUGUGGCCAGCCCGGUGUAUCAACCCAUUUACCAAAAUCACCAGCCGCAGCCGCUGCUGUGGAUAGGUUGACGGACACAACAAAAUACACUGGUUCUCACAAACAACGAUUUGACGACACCGGCAAGGGUAAAGGCAUCGCUGGGCGUAAGGAUCUUGUUGAUGGUUCGGGCUACGUAACGGGAUACCAACACAAGGACACGUACGGCAAAGGCCAUUAGCUGCCCAGAACUCUCUUAUCUAUUAGUGCUGACUGUUCCACUACAUUUUCAAUAUUUACUUGUUUAUACUGGCAUAUAAAUUAAAUUAAAUGCAUCAAUGUCCCAUGGUGGAGUCCGGGAUAGUUUACCCACCGUUAUAUAAAAACGAUAUGUGAAGCCUACAGUGCAUUGAUAUUCUUCUUUUUAGAAACAAAAAACUAUCUAACGAACAGUAAGCACUAAUUCGUUUUUUUUCUUAAGAAUAGGUUUAUAAUGUAAGGAAAUAAUUUUUCAAGUUUGCACAAUAUUUAUACGUAUAAUAUUUCGAUGUUUUCACAAACAAUUUUGGGUUACACACAAUAUAUUAGUAUAAUAGAUUACGUUCUUCCAUUAAGUACAAGGUACAUGUAGAAUAUUUAAUUUAUAGUAGUAAUAAUAACAUUCCCGAAUUUUACAUUGUCUAAUUUAAAAACUU